UCCAAAUUCUUUGCAUUUUUUGUCCUAUCACUAUCUGUCCAUUACCAUGACUAGAAAGAAGGUGAAGCUUGCAUAUAUAACUAAUGAUUCUGCAAGAAAAGCCACCUUCAAGAAAAGGAAGGCUGGUCUACUGAAGAAAGUGAGCGAGUUAAGCACACUCUGUGGUAUUGAAGCUUGUGCAAUUAUUUACAGCCCUUACGACGCUCAGCCGGAGGUUUGGCCUUCUCCUAUCGGAGUCCAACGCGUGCUGUCUCAGUUCAAAAACAUGCCUGAAAUGGAGCAGAGCAAGAAGAUGGUGAACCAGGAGAGUUUUCUCCGGCAACGAAUGGGGAAAGCUAAUGAACAGCUCAAGAAACAGCGUAAGGAGAACCGUGAGAAGGAGGUGACACAGGUCAUGUUCCAGAGCUUGACUGGGAGAGGCUUGAAUAACUUGAACAUGAUGGAUUUGAAUGAUCUUGGAUGGAUGAUUGAUCAGUAUUUGAAAGAAAUUUACAAGCUGGCUGGUCAAGAUAAUAAUGAGACUGAUCCUCAAAUGGCAACAGAACUGAUAGCACCACUGCCACCAACAACCCUGGCACCACCUCCGCCGCCAGUUGCUGUACCGGAACAUUCAGGAAUGGGUGGAAUUGGGGAGGUGGCGCCGCUGAAGCACGCAGCAGAUAGGCAAGGUUUUGAAGUGAACGUGGAGGCCAUGCAGAGACAGCAGUGGAUAAUGGAAAUGAUGAAGCCGCAUGAAAAUAUGGGAUUUGGUGGAGAUGAGAUGAUGCUGUCGUUUGGGGAAAAUAAUAAUCAGAACUCUCUGUGGUCUAGUGCAUUUUUUCAUUAAAUUGGACAUGUCGAGUACUGUUGUUUUAAGUGUUCUUCGUUAUUACAUCCACAUUUUGUAUUUAAUGUCUUUCAUAAAUUUCAAACA